AUGGCAUUUCAAAGCAGGUUACCACUAGCCAAAGCUGUCGUCGACCAGUUCAUGAAAUUAGACCCAGUUAAAGGGUUAUGUCAGGCUACAUAUGUAUGGAUUGAUGGAACUGGUGAGAACUUGAGGUCGAAGACAAGGACUAUGAAAAAGAUUCCUGGCUCUUUCCAAGAGUGUCCAAUGUGGACUUAUGAUGGAUCAUCGACAUUCCAGUCGCAAGGGGGUAAUUCAGAUAUGCAUUUGAAACCUGUGGCCAUGUACCCAGAUCCUUUCCUUGGUGGAAAUAAUAAACUAGUGCUGUGCGAGACCUAUGAUUCUGAAAUGAAACCAGCUAGUAAUUUUUCACAUUAUGCUAGUAGAACUGUAAAAAACGGUUUUGAGAGAACAGCGUGCAAUAACAUAAUGUCAAAAUUCCUCAAUGAAAAAAUUUGGCUCGGGAUGGAACAAGAGUAUCUCCUUCUUGACAGAGACGGAUAUCCUCUUGGCUGGCCUAAGAAUGGCUUUCCUGAGCCGCAGGGCAAAUAUUAUUGCGGCGUAGGUACAGAUAAAGUUGCUGGGAGAGAAGUCUGUGAGACCCAUUACAGAGCAUGUCUUCAUGCUGGACUGGAAAUUUUCGGCACUAAUGCUGAAGUGACUCCUGCUCAGUGGGAGUUUCAGCUUGGUACUUGUGAAGGCAUAUCAAUGGGAGAUCAGUUAUGGAUGGCUCGUUACUUGCUACAUCGUGUUGCGGAAAUGUAUGGUGUCAUCGUGAACCUAGAUCCGAAACCAUCUGUUACUGCUGGUGAUUGGAACGGAGCUGGAUGCCACUGCAAUUUUUCAACAGAAGCUAUGAGGUCUGAAGGAGGUCUCAAAAUUAUUGAAGCAGCAAUGCCAAAACUGGAGGCGAAACAUGCUGAGCAUAUGGCAGUCUACGACCCUCAUGGUGGCAAAGAUAACAUGCGUCGUAUGACGGGCAGGCAUGAGACUUCACGACACGAUCAGUUCUCAUGGGGCAUUGCAAACAGGGGAUGCUCUGUGAGGAUUUCUCGUCAAGUGGCGGAAGCUAAAAAAGGGUUCUUGGAGGAUCGUAGGCCCGCGUCGAACUGUGACCCCUACCAGGUGAUUGGGAAGCUAACGAAAACCAUUCUUAUGGACUAA